GGCUGAACUGGUUAAUGCGCGCUCAUUUUAACGACGUAAUUUAUUUUGCAUUUUUUUUAUUGUUUACGAAAUAAAAACUGUCUUCAAUCAAUCUGUGAUCAAUAAUUUUAAAAUUAAUAAUGAAUCAACAGCGAGAAAUUCUAAACGUAUCGAUCAAUGAUGAAGGUAAUCUAUUUGUUGCCUGUAUGGAUUCAGGUGUUCGAAUCUAUAAUAUGGAACCAUUAGUUGGUAAAUUAUUUAUCGAUUCAUCAGUGAUUGGAUCAGUAUCGAUAUGUAAAUUAUUACAUCGCACAAAUCUAAUAGCAAUUGUUGGCGGUGGUCAACGGCCAAAAUUUGCUGAUAAUACUGUAUUGAUUUGGGAUGAUUAUCAGAAACGAUUUGUUUUGGAAUUUACAUUUGCCAAUCGUGUGCUUUCAUUAAAAACACGUCGUGAUCGUUUAUUUGUUGUUGAACGUAAUCGUAUACAUUGUUUUUCAUUCCCCAAUUCACCGACUAAAUUAUUUUCAAUCGAAACACGUGAUAAUCCGAUGGGCAUCUGUGAAGUAACACCAUUAACCAGUGCUACGGAAAUUCAAUUACUUGCCUAUCCAGGUCAUCGUAUCGGUAGUGUACAGCUAUUGGAUCUAUCCCAUACCAAUCGAUUACCAUUCAAUAAUCAUUAUCAUCAAAUUCAGAACAAUCCACAACAACAACAGCGUUCAUCAAACGUUGAAGAAUCAAACGAAUCGAUAACCAAUGACAAUAUAUCAGCAUCAUCAUCAAUAUCACCAUCAAGUAUAUCGGCGCACACUUCGGACAUAGCAUCAAUUGCAUUAAAUCGUACAGGUACAUUAUUGGCUACUGCUUCACGUAAAGGAACAUUAAUACGAAUAUUUCGUACAAUCGAUACGGAUAGUAAAAUUACCAACAAAUCUAAUCCUAAUCAUCAUAAUCAACAGCAACCAUAUGUGCCAUUAUCACCUGUACAAAUAAUUGAAUUUCGUCGCGGUAUCGAUCAGGCUAUGGUUUAUGGUAUUGUAUUUUCACCGGAUUCAGAAUAUGUUCUUGUUUCAAGUGAUAAAGGAACUGUACAUAUAUUUGCAUUGAAAGAUACCCGUCUAAAUCGACGUUCAACAUUAUCAUCAAUGCCAUUAGUUAAUAAUAUGCAAUUAGCUAGUUAUGCAUUGGCUAAAUUUACAUUGACUGCUGAAUGUGCUUGUGUUUGUUCAUUUAGUGGUAAUGAUCGUCGUUCAGUUCAUGCAAUCUGUGUGGAUGGAACAUUUCAUAAAUAUACUUUCAAAAAUGAUGGAACAUGUGUUCGCGAAAAUUUUGAUACAUUUCUAAAUGUUCCAGAAGAAGCUGAUCAUAUUUUGCUUUAAAAUUCUAUUUCUUCCCUUUUUAUUGUUAUCUUUUUAUCUUUUUUUUUGUUUAAAUGCUCAACUUGAAAAAAAAAUCAAACAGUCAGCUGACCAAAUCUAAGCCUAGUUCAUACAUUUCAAGUGUGUUGUAAAGUAUG